CUCCCCCUCCAGUUUUGUGGCCGCUGGGCCGAGGACCGCAGCUGGCCUGCUGGCCACCAACCGCGAGAUGGCGACAGCGUCACGAUAGAAGGAGGCCGGACCCUGCUGCUGGGCACCACCACCAGCAACCUCAACCUGCUGCAUCUCAAAGGUGGUAAACUUGUAUUUAUUGGUCCAGGCCCAGUAGAACUACAUGCUCAUUACAUCCUAAUAUCUGAUGGAGGAGAACUCCAUGUGGGAUCUUCUAAGCUCCCUUUCCAUCACAAAGCUCACAUCUAUCUGUACGGAAGCCUCCAUUCUUCACCAAUAAUUCCAUAUGGGAUCAAGUUCCUGGCAGUGAGGAAUGGAACUCUUUCCAUGCAUGGCUGGAUGCCAAAAGUAGUUUUCACGCAUUUGAAAUCAUCAGCUCGUGUUAAUGACACUCGAUUAGUGCUACAGGAACCUGUUGACUGGCAACCUGGCGAUGAAAUCGUUGUUGUGGGGACGGGCCUUGGAAAUGGGCCACAGCAAGAGGAAAGGGCUGUGAUUGAGUCUGUGAAUGACACUGAGCUCUACCUCACGUCACCGCUCAGGUACCCUUCCACGGCCCAAGGGAUUUCUGCAGCAUGGGUAAACUGGCCGGACCUUUGGGCGAAGAUUGGGAUUUGCAGUUCCCUGUGGGAAAAAAUGAUAGAUUAA